AUGAGUUAAGAAAAGAGCUUGCCUUCUGCAUCUAAAUCAAUUACAAAGAAACCCUGCUCUUGGAAAUAAAUGUUCCGAAAGAAGAAUUGCGAAGAACAAAAGAAGAGGGAAGAAUUAAGAAAGUUGGGAGAAGAAAUCGCCAGAACUGAAGAGUUCCUCCAAAAUGCUUGGGCUAUCGUUGCUAGAGUGAUAAAAAGCAAAUCUCAUCUUACCUAAAUGAAAUCAUGA